AAAUUGGAGGAACUAAAAAAAAAUAUGAGAGAGGCAGGUUGAGGGGUUGAGCCAAUUUCAUCAAAGAGAGAGAGUGUAUAUGUAUGUAUGUAUGUAUGUAAGCAUUUUUUCAUACCUCUGAGCAGGUGGGUUUCUCCUUUCAAGCUCUCAGCUUUCUGGCCUUUUCCUCUCCUUUCCCGGAAAAUUUUAUAUUUUUCCCACUCAGCUUUUCUGGUGCGAUUCUUCUCCCCGAACUGCCAAUCUCAAAAAGGCUGAAACUUUCAGUUUUGUAAUAUUUCCAGUUUGUUUCCUUUCUUCUCCGCAACCAAACAAAUUCACGUGCUCUGUUUUCGUUCUAAAAUAGUUUUUGUACACUUUGUUUUAUUUUAUUUUUAUCCUUCUAUAGAAUCCAGCAGGUGUUGCGAUCUGCUCUGCUUCACACUUUUGGUUUAUUACCUUACCCAGGUUUCAACUUUUCUUUCAUCGGUGUCCAUUUUUGAAUUCGAAUUUCAGAAAGAGAUAGACAGAUUCCUGGUGGAAAGUGGUGAAUUCGAAAUCGAUGGCUGAGUUCGGGUCAAAAUGGCGGGUUUUCAGAUCUUUAUCGAUGAUUACCCUCAAUUUCGCGUUAGCUUUGGUCUUUGUCUCGGCUGAGAGGAGCCUAAAAAGUCAAACCUUAGGAUCUGCUAGUGAUAUGGAAGAAACCCAAUCCAACUUCCUCCUCAAAGCUAUAAAUUUCUUAUGGCAACCUGAUAAAUCUGGCUAUCAACAUGUUUGGCCUGAUAUGAAAUUUGGUUGGCAAAUUGUUGUGGGUUCUAUUAUUGGAUUCUUUGGAGCAGCAUUUGGUAGUGUUGGUGGUGUUGGUGGUGGUGGGCAAUUCGUUCCCAUGCCUACUGGGGUUACUUUCAAUGUCAUUUUUGCAGAUUGGAUGGUCACAGUUUUGCUUAUUAUUCUCUUUUUAGGAACAUCAACAAAGGCAUUUUUCAAGGGUGUUGAAACAUGGAAAAAGGAAACUAUUCUGAAGAAGGAGGCCGCCAAGCGUCUGGAGUCAAGUGAUGCUGAUAAUGGAGAGGUCGAAUACAGGCCUCUUCCUAGUGGCCCAGGCAGUAACCCAGAAAAGGAGAAGAAAGCUGAAGUCAGUAUUCUUGAGAAUGUUUGUUGGAAGGAACUUGGACUUCUUGUUUUUGUUUGGUUUGCAUUUCUCGGACUGCAAGUUGCCAAGAACUACACAUCUACUUGCUCGGUAGCAUAUUGGGUUCUGAACUUGAUGCAGAUUCCAGUUUCCUUGGGGGUUUCUGGGUAUGAAGCAGUUAGCUUGUACAGAGGACGGAGAGUAAUUGCAUCUAAAGGAGAUCAAGGUACAAACUUUCAAGUGCACCAGCUUGCUCUCUAUUGCUUUUUUGGAGUUCUGGCUGGAGUUGUUGGUGGUCUUCUUGGACUUGGUGGAGGCUUUAUCAUGGGUCCACUAUUCUUAGAGUUGGGAGUUCCUCCACAGGUCUCAAGUGCCACUGCCACUUUUGCAAUGAUCUUUUCCUCAUCAAUGUCUGUUGUGGAAUAUUACCUUCUGAAACGUUUUCCAGUUCCAUAUGCUCUAUACUUCAUCGCUGUAGCUACUGUAGCUGCUAUUGUAGGCCAGCAUAUUGUGAGGAAGCUGAUUAUUCUAUGUGGAAGGGCAUCUCUCAUCAUCUUCAUUCUCGCAUCUACCAUAUUCAUUAGUGCAGUCUCGCUUGGUGGUGUUGGAAUAUCGAACAUGGUUUACAAAAUUGAGAACCAUGAAUACAUGGGAUUCGAAGACCUCUGCAAGUACAAGUCAUAGUUUUUUCCUUCUUUUUGCUUUUAUGUUCUUCUCGUUCUUCCAAAUUCGUUUCUGGUGUAAUCAUUCUCUAGUCUGCAAAUUUGAUUCAUAGGUAUCAAUGUAUUAGUGAGAUCAAACAUGGUUGCUAGUUGAAGUUUAUCAAGAACUACCCUUAUCGUGGUUUAUUCUUCCAUGUAGUCUAUGAUGGUUUUUCGGUGAGAAAUUCAAUGUAAUUUAUUUGGAAGCCA